GUCGUGAAAUGUCAACGCUAAAAGAGAUAAAGCAAUAAUAAAUAGCAACCGCAGCAAACAAAAAAAAAAGAACAACAGUUUCUCCUUACCCUUUUGCAUAUGUAGUUAUGUUUAAUAAUUUUGUUCAUUUCCCUAAAAUGAUGCACUUUCUGAUAGAAUUUUAGCUGCAUCCAGCGUAUUCAAAAUAACAAUGGCUUACAUUAACGUACCCGAAUGGUCGCCAGAUCAAGUAACGGACUGGUUAAAAGGUCUGGACGAUUCCAUGUACAACUAUGUGUAUUCUUUUGCCAAUAACCAAGUAGGGGGCCGCCAGUUGUUGAAUAUACGACCUUAUGAGCUUGAACAACUGGGUAUGCUCUCUAUAGGGCAUCAAGAAAUUGUACUGGAAGCAGUCGAAAAUCUAAGAAAUUUUCAUUAUAAUCUGGAUAAGGAGAAUUUACAGUUUAUGGCGCUACAUGUGGCUACCGCUGCGCGCAGUUUACAUAGUCAAUUAGCUAGCCAAAGUGGAGCUACUGUUAUUGAAACUCAAAUACUAAGCGAUAUUACCCGAACUAUAGCGACUAUUAAACCGCUGAUUGGUUGGCUGGAUCGAUCUCCAUUCCAAGGACAAUUUCAGUUUACAGAAAUUUGCCGCAAAAUGUUACGUUUAGGUUUGGAAAUGGCUACUACAGCCCAGAGAGAACGUUUUGUUGAGAAUCCAGUAGAAAAAAUUCGAGGCACCGCCAAAACGUUAGAACUUCUGGCUAAUUAUAUUAUACAGGAUAUUACCGAUCCCAUGUUGCUGCAGCCAGCUUCUUUGAAUUUGGUGACAUUGAAAAAACGUGAAUCGGAGCUGGGUUUUAAUAUUGAAUCCACUUAUCAUGGCAUUCAUCGCAUCACGGAUAUUAAACAGAAUUCGCCUGCUCAUAAUUCCGGAAAAAUUGAAGAUGGUGACGAAAUUGUUCAAAUUAAUUAUCAAACGGUUGUGGGAUGGCAAUACAAAAAUGUAUUGUUACAAUUACGUGAAUCUCUGCCAGAUGUUUUACUAACAUUGAAAAAGAGACCGAAGCAUACAAAAAUCUAUGGCCAGAUCUACAUGCAACCUUACCGACUUCCUAGUAAGAAACGUUCGGUAGGAAGCCGUUGGGGGGAAAAUGUACCUAGUCCAAGACCUGGUUUGUUAUCGGCGCCCGAUAAUAAUUUUAAGACCCCAAUAAAUUUAAGUACUGAAAAUGAGAAAGCUGAUGAUGCUGAUACUGACUCCAUAUCCAGCGAUAUUUUAACGCCAACUGACACAAAGGCUACGGAAAAGGAAAGCCGUUUAUAUUAUCCCAAACCUAGAGCCAUGUUGCAGAGACGCAAUACGAUUUGUGGCGACGAAUUGUUAGGACAUAAGAGUUUGUCGGGAAUACCGUUAUGGCAUGAACGUAAAACUGGUACAGUGUGUGAUCCUGGUUCUCCCAGUCUACGGGAUAAAUCUGUAUCAUUCGGUUUCGGCUUGGAAAUAACGCCAAGACCCACUACUUGCAUUGGUAUAAGCAGCGGCAUGAAAGGAGGUAGUAGCGGUAACUUGUUUACAAACGCCGAGGGUAAAAAAUUGCGCCAAGUCAUCAUUGAACAACCUCUAGAAGAACAGCAGGAAGAAUACUCCAAGCCGGGUGUCAGCAAAGUAGUACGUUUUGACGCCAAAAUGAAUGUAGAAGAUUAUAAGUUAGAUGAAAAGUACACUUGCAAUGUGGAGAACACUAUAUUAGAGACAUUUGAACCCAUACCUUUUGCCGAUGAAGAAGAUGAAGAGACCAUUGAGACUUUAAGGGAUAUACCGGAUAAAGCAGAGAAAAUCCUAGAUGCAAUUGAUAAAGUAUGUAAUCGGGACAGCAUGCCGUUAAUAGAAGCAGUCAAUAUGCCUGUGGUAGUAAAAAGAGGGAGACUCGAUAAGAGUCACAGCACACCGGCUUAUGAUAAUUCGUGCGGAGAUGCAGAUGCACCACCUGCCAUAGAGCCGCGCAAAGAAUUUCUAAUUGUGACUCCACCAGUUCCACCACCUAGACCAAGGAAACAAGGCGAAGCAACGCCCAUUCCUGUCCCAGUACCGCCGCCAAAGCCGUUAAAGCCUCCCGGCUUAUUAGCAUCACUAGCAGCAGCAAACGCUACAACAAAUGCAUCUACUGUCGCUCCGGUUAUAUUGUCAACUACAACUGUACAAGGACAGGCAAAUACAUUUUUACCAUCUUCAUCAACCGGAAUUCCAGAGAGUGAGAGUAACACUAUCGUCUCUAGUGCCUCGUCAUUAACGGCAACAAGUAGCAAUGGUAGUGAAAUCAAUGAAUUACACACGCCUACAAAAGCUCGUACGCUGACCUUGAAGAAAAAACACAGCCUAAUAGCUAAGCGACGCAAUGUAAAUUUAAAAAUUCUUGGCACAGGUGAUAUACAAGGACAUUUAUAUCGACGGACCAAGGAUAAGCGUGGAGUCACAUUUUGGGCGCGUUUGUAUUUCGUGAUGCUGGACACGAUUCUGUAUGGGUUCCGCUGCAAAGAUGCCGCCAAAGCUAGUUGUGUUAUUUUUUUGCCAGGCUUUACAGUGUCGUUGGCGAAGGAAGUACACUCUAAACCCAACGCUUUUAAAGUUUAUCAUUCGGCUAAAACUUUUUACUUCGCAGCUGAAUCACAAGAUGCUCUGAGUCAAUGGGUGGAUUUUAUACGUCAAGCUACUCUUCAAAAAAGCACUCCAACGGUUAAUGAAGGUUGUUCUACCGCUUCCAAUGAAUCGAACACACGGGACCUUUUUUCAGAGAAUGAUAGUUCCGAUGAAGAAAAUGAAUCAAUUAUUAAUAAAAAUCUUAGUACACCUUCACCGCAAACUGUUAAGGAGAGCACUUGUAGCUCGGGUUUCUCCAAAUUAUCCAUAAGUACACCAACAACUACAGCCAAACAUGAUCGACGUUAUUUGGGCUCAUUGCGUAAACUUACCAAAGGAACGUUGCCAUUUAAAAGUUCAUCAACGAAUGAGAAGAAAAUCUCUAACGAUAUACCAGUACCCACUGAGCAAUUUAGAAGUUACCGUAAGGUACCAGGCGGAAGUUUUGGAAUACAAAUUGGAGCCAAUACACCUGGAUAUCAUGAUACGGCUAUGCAUCCGUUUAAUAGCGGAUCGAAUAAGCCCUCGGAGCAGCAAAAUAUUUUGCAAAACAUACCUUCUCCAGGUCUAACAGUGACGGCUGCAGUAAAUAAUGAAAUAAUGGUUCAACCAAUCAAUCAGUCUCUUGCUAGAAAAUCAGCAAUCUCUUCCAGUCGUUCUUCUAUUGUCAGUACUAGCGACACAAUAGCCGCAACAAAUUUAGGGCCACCUGCCUCCCCGGCUCCUACACGAGAACCCACAGUAGCAGCGGCAUCAACUAUUUCUGAUGAAAACGAAACUAAGCAUGUUACUCCUAGUAGAGCCAUAAAAAAAUUACCAUACAAUUUCAUACACGCUUCGAACCCCAACUUGGUGGAAUUCGGUUUCCAAACUUCCAAAACUCUGGAUUAUACAUUACCGAAAAUUAAUUCUAAUACGGCUUGGGAUGCUUUACCGAGUAAUACGCAAGGAUUUAUGACAUUAAAGGAUUUAAUGUUGCAAAAACAAGAAGAGGAGGCGCAGGACAUGUACAACAAUCGAGUUUUACUGGGAGUGGAAAAGAAAGAGGAGCACAAACGUAAUGCUCAACAACAGCGCAUUACAAAAUCCGUCGCCAAUGGCCUACAGAAUGCUUCAGUUUGCGCGGGCGAUUCCAAAGUAGCAAAAACACAGUCUCGUAGUUUACCCAAACCUCCGGACUAUGAGAUUAGCUUUAAGCCCGAUGACGAGGAUAUACAAUUAACGCGGACAAAAGAAGGUUUAAAACUGCGUGAUUUUGGUUAUGAGCUUAUUUCGGGCGAUGAGCCUAUAGACGGAGCAUCGAGUAAUAGCAACACAACACGUAUGGGUGCAGCGCGUCAGCCAUCUGGUCAAUCAGGGAGUAGUAACGAACAAAAUCAGGAGCAAAGCAAUAGCUCCAAUUGGACCACAGCAAUGAAAACACGGCAGUUUCUUUUAACGACACACAAGCAUAAGAAGCAUUUGCAUUCAUCAGGUAGCAGUUAUUCUGCCGCGGAUUUGGUCGGCAAUGGCGACAAACGUUCCGGUAGUUUUAAAAAGAAAGGUAAACUGGAAUCGUUUAAAACUUCCAGUGAGAGAAUUUUUCAAUUCGGUAAACAUUCGUCCUCAUCCUCGACAGCAGCGCCAUCAGGUGGUAUCACCAUGACUUUGCCAUUAAAUAAGAAAUCAAGUCAUGGCCUGCUUGAAGGGGCUACGGGCAGUGGCAAUAGUGGAAUUAAAAAAAGUCACACCUACAACAAUGAUCUGAAAGAUAAAGCGGGCGGUAAAUAUGAAGCUCAACGUAAAAAUUCAGCACCUAUGCCAAUUUUCUCUAAAUUAAGUUUCUCGACUUCUUCGACUUCUUCCUCAACACAUAAUAACAGUAACUUAAAGGCAGGGGGAGGCAAAGAGAAGAAAUUACUUGGAUCUCCUUUGCUACAUCGUACUGUGUUCGGCCAUCAUCAUCAACAUCAUACAUCGAACAAUCAAAAUUUUAUAUCUAUACCCACUACACCCACUACUACUACUACCGCAACUACCUGCAUAGGCCGCGAAUACGAUCAAGAGAUAUUUUCGCAAGUGAUUUUCCCUAAAGUGACAACAGGCCGCAAAUAUUCGACAGCCUCAGCCACUUCGAAUGUUACAUUGACGGCACCCGAAAUGAUUGCCCCCCCUCCACCUAAAGUAACUAAUGCUAAUAUAGUGGAUAUGCCAACAAAGAUCAAUGCACCCGAAUAUCCCAAUAUGGAAUGUCCUCCAGUUUUUGAACCCGAUAUUUACUCGCUUACUGAUCUUAAUGCCAGUUUAAUGUUAAGGCGUAACAAUAAUAACAACAACAAUAACAACAAUAAUAACACUAAUAGCGGUCAGCAGCAGAAUAGUGGCGCUAGUAUGAGAAGGGAUAAUUCAGAAGAAAAAUUUUAAACCAAUAUUUGUCGUAGCAACAUCGCAUAUCGUCUUCCUUAAGUUACAAUCGCGCAAAACUUGCGUGGAAAUUACCUAAGAUUCGUUUAAAUCGAACGAAGGCUGAUAUUUUGUCAAAAAAUAAUAGAUCGCUCUGGAUCGACCUUAUUUUUUCAAUUUUCAUUAUCAUUGUGAUGGUUCAUACACGCCACGCAGUGUGGAUGGACAUGUAAAGCAGGUGCCAAGCAGUAAAGGAUAUUAUAUUUACGUAGAUAUAUAUUAAUAUAUGCAUAUAUAAUAUAUAUAUAGAUGUAUAAGCGAAAAUUUUGAAUUAGUUAUUUUAACGUUGUAUUGAACAUAAAACAAUCUCUACAAUUGCUACGUAGAGUGAAUUCUUUAGAAAAAAAAAGUAUUUAUCAAAUGCAUUGUACAGUGGUAAUUAU